AAAGAGUAAUUUCUACAUCCCUCGUGUCACGAGAAAGGAUUUAUCAGCCUCUUCCAUGGACAAGUUCUCCGAGACUCGAGGAUACAGAUCAACCCCCAGGAGCACACGCUCAAGCCCAAGGCGGGGGACUCCCGACACGAGCAGGAAUGGCUCCAUCUCCAAGACCCAGCAGUUCCUGGCCACACCAGACCACCACAAUGGACUGCUGUCCCACGGGGAAGGAAUUCACAGACGAAGGUCUUCCAUUGCUAUGCGAGCCGCCAAAGCUGUGGAAAAUGUCGCACGUCGGAUGUCAACGCCCAGUUUUUCUAUUGACAAAAUUGAGGAGAACUUGGACAAAGAAAUUAAAGAAGAAUUGGAAAACUCGGAGGCGAAAGGAAUACGUAAGAUAUUACAGAGUUCAUGUCAGGACAUUCUGCAUAGCAAGAAAGUGCUUCUGUUGAUCGUCCUGUUAAACAUAACUGAUUGUUUGUUGGUUCUAGCUGGUCUCAUCCUGGAUAUAAACUACAUUAAAGGAAUGCUAAAUGCCACUAAACAAUUGACAAAGAAGUUUACUUUCGCAUUAAAGGACAGAUUUCCUCGUAUAUUUGACCAUUUGAGUCCUUAUGACAUACAUAAGUUCUAUAACGUAUUACUGACUUUACCCUAUAACUGCAACGAGCAAAUGACAGAUACAUUACCAGUGACAAACUUCACGCAUUCCGCUGUGUCAUCAAAUAUUACUACGAUAUCAAAUACAAGUGAAACCGACAUUGGAAUAUUCACCGUAGAGGACUUACCAUCGUUCCUUACACGUCAUCACGAAAAACAUAAAAUAGAAACCGAUAUCGCUCAUGGUUUUCACAAAGCCAGCAUAGCCAUCUUAGCAGUACUCUCAUCUUUGGUUCUCCUGAAAAUAUUUUGUUAUGGGAAACAAUUGAUAAAGAGGAAGAUGGAGAUGUUUGAUGGAGUUAUUGUGAUAGCGUCUUUCAUACUUGACAUAGUCUUCAUUAAGGGCCUAACUGUCUAUCCCCUUGAGGAAACAGUUCAGAUCCUUGCAUUUCUAAUGCCAUGGAGGGUCAUUCGGGUGGCCAACAGUUUGGUAAUGGCUGUUCUAGACCAAGCUCAUCUUCAAUUGAAAAUGGUAUAUAAAGAGAAAAAAUUAAUAGAGGAAAAUUUAGAAAUAUCUGAUGACAACAACAGAUAUAAUAAAGAAGUAGUUAAUGCCUUACGACGUCUUUGUGAGACAGAAGGAAUCGCAAGUUAUAAAGUCCUGAAAACGAUAUGCACAUGCGAAUCACCGAGCAAAAAGAAGAAAAAGAAUGGCAGCUUAAAAAAGAAAAUAACUAAAAAAGUUAAUUGUUUGGGCUCCGGUGUAGACCGAAGCUCUUGUCCCUAUGGUAACAUUCCGGAUAUGAAUGAAGUCACUUUGGAACAUCUACAUCGCAUUGCAAACAAAGCAAACUUUAAGUCCACAUUUGAGGACGUAAACGAAGCGUCUGAUUCGGAUGCUGAAAGUGGAUCUCUUUUGGACAAAAACUACAACGAACCAUGAUUAUUUGUAAUUCUUAUGCAAUAAAGUCAAAACCUUUUUU